GAAGCAGACGACAUUAAUGGAGUUUUCCUCACCGUACCAUACCAGAGACUCAAUGUUGCUAUCAUAGCUGCAGCCCUGCUGAAACUGAUUCGAGAAGUAUGAGAGGACCCGUUGGUGCGUCGCCUACUCCAAUUGAGCCUAGACACCGUCUCUCCGUAACCACUGAAGAUACAAGCAAAAGAAGGUCUUUUGGAAGUAGAGUCUUUAAAGAUGGUGAAAAGCCCCAUCUUAGUCCCAGCCAGGACAGGAAUGCAAGCUACAAAUUUCCUACUUUAAAGCUGGUUUUGGUUAUUAUAAUAUUGGGAGCAUUUUUUACACUCCUACACUCCCCAGCUGUAUAUAACACAGAACGUCCUUCCCAUUCAAGAUCACAGGCGAGUUUGGUAGAAAGAUGGAUAAAGGAGAAAUCUCCAAUAGAGGAUGAACGUUAUAUAUCCCGUUUAAAAGUUAACUGGAAACAUAUCUCCGGAGUAAUUAAGAAACUUCCUGACACAAAUGAGUAUAAGGGGGUAGGCCUAUUGAACUUCAAUGAGAGCGAAAUCGUCCAAUGGAAGAAGAUGAUACCAAGUGCUGAGCAUAUUUCUCUCCACCUUGAUUUUGUUGCAAAAAACAUAACAUGGGAAGAUCUAUAUCCUGAGUGGAUUGAUGAGGAAGAAGAAUUUAAGGUUCCUGUAUGUCCUACAUUGCCCAAUAUUCAAGCUCCUCGGACACCAAGGAUUGAUCUAAUAGCUGUAAAGCUUCCAUGUUUAAGGACAAGGGACUGGUCCAGAGAUGUGGCUCGUUUGCACUUGCAACUCGCAGCUGCAAGACUUGCUGCCAAAUCUAAAGGGUAUCAUCCAGUGAGAGUGCUUCUAGUGACCAACUGUUUCCCCAUUCCAAAUCUUUUUACGUGCAAAGAGCUUGUUGUACGUAGUGAUAAUGUUUGGCUAUAUGAACCCAAUCUCAACAUGCUGAGGGAGAAAGUGCAGCUUCCAGUUGGGUCAUGUGAACUUGCAGUUCCUCUCAAGGCCAAAGAUUAUCGGUACUCAGGGAACCCAAAACGAGAAGCUUAUGCAACAAUUCUGCACUCGGCUCAUGUUUACGUAUGUGGGGCAAUUGCAGUUGCCCAGAGCAUUCGCAUGUCUGGCUCAACACGAGACCUAGUCAUACUUGUGGAUAGCACAAUAAGUGACUACCACCGUGGCGGCCUCGAGGAGGCAGGCUGGAAAGUCCAUACAAUCGAAAGGAUCCGAAACCCGAAAGCCGAACGAGAUGCCUACAAUGAAUGGAACUAUAGCAAGUUCCGUCUCUGGCAGUUAACCAAUUACGACAAAAUCAUAUUCAUCGAUGCUGAUUUACUCAUUCUCCGAAACAUCGAUUUCCUCUUCGAAAUGCCGGAAAUAACCGCAACCGGAAACAAUGCCACCCUUUUCAACUCCGGUGUGAUGGUCGUCGAACCAUCGAAUUGUACAUUCAAACUGUUGAUGGAUCACAUCAACGAAAUCGAAUCAUAUAACGGCGGAGAUCAAGGGUACUUGAACGAGAUCUUCACGUGGUGGCAUCGCAUCCCAAAACACAUGAAUUUCUUGAAGCAUUUUUGGGAAGGCGACGAAGAAGAAAAAAAGGAGAUGAAAACACGGUUAUUUGGAGCGGACCCACCGGUUCUAUAUGUACUUCACUAUCUCGGGCUAAAGCCAUGGUUAUGUUUCCGGGACUAUGACUGCAACUGGAAUGUGGCUAAGAUCCAGGAGUUUGCGAGCGACGUGGCACACGCGAGGUGGUGGACCGUUCACGAUGCUAUGCCAGAAAAUCUGCAUAAAUAUUGCUUGUUAAGAUCGAAGCAAAAGGCGGCAUUGGAAUGGGAUCGAAGGGAAGCCGAGAAAGGGAACUAUUCCGAUGGACAUUGGAAGAUUAAGAUCAACGAUUCACGUUUGACGACUUGUUUCGAGGAAUUUUGCUUCUGGGAGAGUAUGCUGUGGCAUUGGGGUGAAACGAACUGGACAGACAAUGCGACCACCGCUGCCGCCCUGGCUCCGCCAAUCACCGCCGCUACGGGGUUGUUGCCGGCGUUGUAGUGAUCGGAAAAUUGUUUCAAGUGUAGGUGAUGAUGGAUGUUGAAGAUAGUUGCAGCUUAUGAAGGUAAAAAUUUCAUUUCAUUGGCUAAUAGUUUUAUGCUUUUCUUUUCUAUUUGCAAACUG